CUAAAACACCACACAAACUAAAACCCAGAAGAACCAGAAGAAGCAAACACAAAGAAAGUCCUCCUCUUAAUUCGAUCUCUCUAUCGACUCUUCAAGCAAACCUCAAAGAAGCGAAAAACCCUCUCGCCCAUCACACAAACCAUGGGAACUCCAGAAACUUCUCGAGAACCGUGCCCCGACCGCAUCCUCGACGACAUCGGCGGCGCCUUCGGCAUGGGGGCUGUCGGCGGCUCCGCCUUCCACUUCCUCAAGGGCGUCUACAACUCCCCCUCCGGCACUCGGCUCAUCGGCGGCUCGCAAGCCGUGCGCAUGAACGCGCCGCGAGUCGGCGGUAGCUUCGCCGUCUGGGGUGGCCUCUUCUCCGCCUUCGACUGCACCAUGGUCUAUGUCCGCCAGAAGGAGGACCCCUGGAACUCUAUCAUCGCCGGCGCCGCCACCGGUGGCUUCCUCCAGAUGCGACAGGGCCUCGGCGCCUCGGCUCGAUCGGCUGCCUUCGGUGGGGUCCUCCUGGCUCUGAUCGAAGGAGCUGGGAUCAUGCUUAAUAAGUUCAUGAGCCAGCAGCAGCAGAUGCCUAUUGUGAUUGAAGAGCCGGCGAGCGUGGCCGGUUUGCCUGGGCUUCCUCCUAUGGGCCGUGCUCCGGGUCAGCCGGGCUCGGAGCCGGCAACGUCGGUUAGCAGCAGCGGGGCUGAGGCUAGUUCAGGAGGGUGGCUUGGAGGGUGGUUCGGGAAGAGCAAGGAGCCUGAGGCUAAGAGUAGCGGAAGCGAGACAAAGAUUUUGGAGAGCUUCGAUGCCCCGCCCAUGCCCAGCUUCGAGUACAAGUGAUUGAUUGAUAGAUUUGGUGAGGAUCAAGGAAGGAUUUUGAUUAGAAGAAGGCUAAUUAGAUUGUAUUUAGGAAGGGGGUUGGUAUUGAACUGAGGGAUUUGGGAAAGUUUAGGUUUUUACUGCAAAAAUUUGCAUUGCACCUAUAUAUUAAUGUUGUGCUCUUUCAAUAUAUGCUUUUCUAAAUAACCAAGAAGUUGUAGCUGUAUUAUAAUGCUUUUGAAAUUGAUUGAUUGUUAUUUUGGGAAUUGUUUUAUGAAUUGCGGAUUAAGUUUAGGGUUUAGGGUUUAGUUCAAUCUUCCAUUAAGUUCUGUGCUUGAUCCUUGUUAUAUGGCCAUUGAACCCUUUUAUCAUGUUUAUCUUGAUUUUUGGAACCAGGUGUAAGGAUUUUGAGAAGUUGCCAAUGUUGAGGCUGUAAACUUUACAUGGAGUAGAUAUGUGAAUAGCAUCCAAAUUUAAGUACAGUACAUAUUGUGAAUUGCAUAGUUGUGUUUGUGUUAUGCUCAUGGAGAUUUGAGUGAUCGUCUAUGCAGAGAAGAAAACCUUGUCUAGCUUAUCGUCACAGAAAGCCCCUUCCUUUAAUGAACUAACCAGAUAAUAUUUACUUUUCCUUGGUCCACUUAAUUUCCAAGUAUCAUAAUCCAUACAUGAUGCCUGAUGCCUGGUACAUGAUGUGUGUGCCAUAUUGAUUCUGCCUUUUAUGCCCCUCACCUCAAUGGGUAACUGAUACUCACUAACUUUGCUGCUUAUGCCUCUAAACAUUGUAUUUGCUUAUCUAGAAGAAAUAUUUGCUUGAGUUUAUUCUUGUUGGCAUUCAUCUGCUAGACUUCUGAUAAAGCUGUUUAACACUACAUAUCUUUGAACCAAGGUAUAGAAGCUCAUAUUUUAAUUGUUUUCAAAUCAGUGUGUACAACAGGGGUUUGACCCAUGUUCCGUAGGUCGAAUUUUGUUGAAAUACAGAUUUCUAGUACCAAUCCUCUGAAUAUCAGUUAUUCUAGCUCCAGCAAAAUGGUUGCUAAAAUAUUUAAUGAAUUUGUUAAAACUAAUACUUCUGUUGUAGGGUGGUUCUCCAUUGGUUCUUGUUGUGUUUCCAGGUAACUGUUUUUAAGCAGUUUGCAAGUAAAUUAACUGCUCUUAAUGAUAGGUUGAUUGGUAUCAAAGUAGGUGAUGUCUGAUAAGGCUCAAGAAUUGUGGGUUACCUAUAUUCCCAUCCAUUUGGUUUGUAAUGCAUGUUCAUGUAAUAGUUGCCUUUCUCCAGCUAUGUGAGGGAAGGACUUGUCCUUGGCCAACUCCUGGGAAAUCAAUUUACUGUAACAUUGAGAGGAGUUGUUGCAGAUUCUGAAGAUACGAUUAAAACAUCUGCAAUUGCCUUCGGAAAGCAAGGAUUUAUUAACUACUUUGGUUUACAAGUACUCUCUCUCUCUCUGCCCACAUCCCCCUGAUUAUUUGUGUUGUUUCUUGUACUAUUUAUUUGCAUAAUGGUGUACUUAAAAGGCUAGAUGUUAUUGAGAUUGUUUAUCUUCUUCCUUUUUUUGCAAUAAGAGGUUUCUUGUUCUUACAAUUGCAAUGAUACUACAAAGCUAUUAAAAGACGACAGUUCUGUUGCAAAAGACCAGCUGGUCUUUUUUUACCCAGAAGAUUUCUUUUGAAAAAAAGAUGGUUUUUCGAAUAUGCGAUGGAUUAAAGUUUGCUUGAUGGUUUAUCGAACUGCAUUCUGAUUUCAGUGGUUGGCAACUGGUUCUCUGCCCACUUACCUCAUUGGAGCUGUAGUACUCAGAGAAGAUUGGAAAUCUACUCUGAGCGUGAUCCUUGAUCCAAGAGAAGAGGA